GCAUUAGGAAUGCCGAGAGGGUCCCUUUAAGGGCGGGCUGAUGCCUGGGGAGGACGGCGGUAGUCAGUCCAGUACCAAAACGGCUCAUGUUGGUAAGAUCUUUACUCAGACAGUGGGGCAAUAACAGCCGAGACAGCGACGGGGUUUAGGGGCAAAACCAAUCCCCCUUUAAAUGCAUUUGUUAGGGCUUUGAUAAAAAGUCGAAGAACAAUUUUCUGACGAAAUCUAAAGGAGGAGCGACGGAGCGGAGGAGCAGACGAGGCGGAGGCGGGAGGACCAGCCACCGGCCUUUCCACACACUGCAGAGCCGGAGGAAAGCUCUCUUACUACCGCAUGUCUGCCCACUCUUUUACAGCGUAAGCAUGGCGUGGAGGACAACGGAUUGACAACGGGAGCGCCGUGCAGAGGGGAGUCGAUAAUACAUACGCCACUGUAUCUGUCAAGGAAAAAUCAGCGCUUGUUUGGCAGGAGCCGCGGGAAGGAGCUGCAAAAUGUCUGUCCCCAAUGUGCUGGCUAAGGCACUGUACGACAAUGUGGCCGAGUCUCCAGAUGAGCUGUCUUUCCGGAAGGGGGACAUUAUGACGGUUUUGGAGCGGGACACUCAGGGGCUGGACGGGUGGUGGCUGUGCUCGCUCCAUGGUCGACAAGGUAUCGUCCCUGGCAACCGUCUGAAGAUCUUGGUGGGCAUGUACGACAAACAACAGGGAUCUCCCUCCACCCCUGAUCCAGCCACUGUCACCUCCCCAUCACAGCGCCCUCUACUGCCCGCUCAAAACACCUACGCCAAACCCACACCCACACCAACUGUUAUGGCCACAGCAUCACCAGGCUUCCCAAGCAAGCCCGUUCCAGCUCCACAGUACACCUCUAUGCACCCCGCUACAACUAACCCUGACUCAAUCUACAUGAUGCCACCGUCCCAUGAGCCCAAAGGCAGCGUAUACCAGAUCCCCUCCGGACCGGUUUGUUCAACUCCACAACCUCCAAGUAAGGCUCCACCCCUGGCCAAGAGGCAGUACCAGGCACCUUCUCAGGACAUCUACCAGGUGCCCCCCACCCUUCAAGGGGCAGGCCCAGCUGGGGUGGCAUCAGUGGGGCAGGAUGUGUACCAGGUGCCCCCCUCUCUGGAGAAGAGGAACUGGGACAGCGGCAAACCACUUGGAAAGGUGGUGGUCCCUACACGUGUGGGACAGGUCUAUGUCUAUGACACAGUGAAAGCAGACCAGGACGAGUAUGACGUCCCGCCCAGGCAUCAGACAGGGGCCCAGCAGGACAUAUACGAUGUGCCCCCUGCCCGUCAACAUUUUAAUACCCAAGUGUAUGACACUCCUCCAAUGGUGGUUAAGGGGCCAUCUAGUGUUCAAGAUGUGUACGACACUCCUGCAAGCAAAGACAAGCUUGCACAACAGCAGGUCUAUGACUUCCCUCCAUCUGUGAGCAAAGACGUGCCUGACGGUCAACCAGUCAGAGAGGAGACCUACGAUGUCCCACCUCAUUUUGCAAAACUCAAAGGUCCUGUGCCAGUCCCGACUUCUCAGUACCUCCACAAUAACCUGAAUGAUGACGAUGAUGAGCCCCCCAUACCAGAGGAUGUGUAUGAUGUCCCACCCCCCAUCCUAACAGAGAAGCAUUUCAACAGAGUCCAGCCCAGCCAGGACAUCUAUGACAUCCCCACCAGCCUCAGAACGGGGUACCCCAGUCAGGACGUGUACGACUUCCCCCGUGAGAGGAACCCGGAGAGGACCGCAGAGAGAGGGGAGCAGUAUGUGUAUGAUGUACCACCACAGGUUGUUCGUGACCCUCAAACCACAGAUGACCUCAGCAUGUCUUUCAAACGCCUGUCUGCCUCUAGUACCGGCAGCACACGCAGUAACCACUCAGCAUCAUCUUUAGAUAUGGUGCCUGUUCGGGACACAUCGGCCCCUUCUCCUCUCCCUGGGAAACCUCUCAUGUUGGACCUGGACCAGGCCAUGGAGCGCCUGACCCGUCUACAGAUGGCUGUGGAGUCCAAUGUGUCGCUCAUGAUGUCUUUUAUUACUGGGAACUGGAGGAGUCCGGAGCAGCUGGGGGGGAACCUGCCCGCCAUCCACCAGGCUGCGGACCGCGUCAGGUCCUCGGUCAGGGACUUCCUGGAGUUUGCUCGAGGUGCUGUGGCCAACGCAGCUCAGGCCACAGAUCGUCUGCUGCAAACUAAACUGGGGAGACAGGUGGGCAAAAUGGAGGAAGUGUUCCAUAGUUUAAUUCAACACAGCCAGAGCUUAGACGCCAUUGGCUGGUCAGCCGCCGCACUCGCAGUGUCACCUGCAGGCGGGGAUGACCUGGACCGACUGGUCAUCACCGCACGGGGUAUCCCAGACGAUACCAAACAACUUGCCUCUUUUCUACAUGGAAAUGCCACACUGCUCUUCAAACGGACCAACAGGCAGCAACAGCAGCUGCCUCUUCCUCCAAUCCCAGGGGACGUUAGUGGGAACAUGACAGGGUCAGGAAGUGGCACGUAUCAUGGAGGAGAGAAAGUGCACAUUCAGUCUCGGCCUCUUCCCUCUCCCCCCAAGUUUACGUCUACAGAAGAGGGGCCAGUGGAGCGGCCGUACGAAAGCACUGAAGAAGGCUGGAUGGAGGACUAUGAUUACGUGCAUCUACAGGGAAAAGAGGAAUUUGAAAAGAACCAAAGACAAUUGUUGGAGAAAGGCAACAUCACCAGACACAAUGCACAACUGGAACAGACCCAGAUCAAACAGUUUGAGCGUCUGGAGCAGGAGGUCAGUCGACCAAUCAACAACGACAUGACAGGCUGGGUCCCGUCUUCACAACACCCCAUGGCCCAUCCCCACAACGGCUCCUCUGGACCACCCUCCAAACUGUGCCACAGCGACCGUCAGCUGCUGCUUUUCUACCAGGAGCAGUGUGAGCAGAACAUCACAACAGUCACCAAUGCCAUCGAUGCCUUUUUCACCGCCAUCAACUCCAACCAACCCCCCAAAAUCUUUGUAGCACACAGCAAGUUUGUGAUCUUGAGUGCACACAAGCUAGUUUUCAUAGGGGACACUCUUUCACGUCAAGCUAAGGCCCCUGAGGUGAGGGCAAGGGUGGCUCAAAGCAGCAACACGCUUUGUGAAAAACUGAAAGACAUUGUGAUCAGCACUAAAACAGCAGCACUGCAGUAUCCGUCACCAGGGAACACAAGAGAGAUGACGGAAAGGGUGAAAGAGCUGGCAGGAUGUACACAGCAGUUUAGGAUGGUCCUGGGACAGCUCUUGGUCAUGUAAAACGAACUUACUCUACUCUUCUGGACCUUCCAUGUCUUUUGUUUUUAUAGACUAUUCUAUCUUCAGCGGGCUGGGCCGAUUGUUGUAAAAUAAUCCAUGUAAAUACUUAAGUUACAUAAUAUUUAGCCAGUAAAGAAAGAUGAAAGUUGAAUAAUGAUAAAAAAAAUAUAUACAGUCCAGUUCAUAUGUAAGAUGUUGUCAUUAUGCCUCAAUGCAGCACUAAAAGGGUGGGAAUAAAAUGAGAAAAUGUGAUUAAACAUAAAAGAAUGUUGCACAAUUUUACCAAUAAAAUAACUACAAUACAGCAAUUUUGAAUAAAUGAAUAAAAACUUUUGUUUUUAUUAAUCUUUAUAUUGUAAGUAAGAAUGUAAUGAUAUCAUAAACUGCACCCUUCCCAAGCUUGGGUGAAUAAACAGGGUUAACCUCAGAAAGAAAAAGCAAAGAGACAAUAAGGAGGUGUCUAGCCUAAUAUCUAAUAUGGUGCAACAAAGUUAUUGUUGAUCAUGUUUUUCCACAUCUCAUUUGUUUUGUAUCAAAUCCAUGAUUUCUUCUCAAUUGCCCUAAAACAUAAAUGAAUUGUUUUAAUAAGAUGAGAUAAAAGACACUUGUAGUUUUUAGGCAAUAUAUUGGUAUUAUUAUAGCACACCAUACAUACAUAAAUAUGAUCUUAGUUCUCGUCAUUGCAUCUUCAUUGUUAAAAAUUGUAAAUCUAUGAUAUGUAUGACUGUGUUUUGUAAGUCACCGUCUGGGUUUGCCCUAAACUCACACUCAAAAGAAAGGCCACAUGUUGUCAUACAGCAGGCCAUACUUCUGAAUUAUGUCUAAAAUCUAUACAACUCCAAUGUCAAACAAUGUUUUUGUAGAAUAAAUAAAAAAUUGGUUUGUAAGAGGCAUGUACUGAAUGAUGGAGUGUAAUAUAUCUGCUAAUGUAAUUAAAGCUGCAGUUGAUAGAUUCGCUGACAGUGAUGUGAUGAUUUUUUUUUUUUUUUUUUUUAAGUUUACAUUAUAACUUAAAAAUUACUCAAUAAACCUAACCAGUUGCGCCUA